AUGAAUAAUAGUCAGAAUUAUCAACUGUAUCAAAAUCAACAUCCUCAAUAUUCUCAAUAUUCUCAACAUCCACAACAUCCUGAACAGCAGUCACAAAAUUACCAACAAAAUUCAAAUUAUAGUUAUAAUCAAAAUCAAACUUCAUUACCGAAUCAGAAUCAAUAUUCUCAGUAUUCGCAAAAUCUCCAGCAUCCUGAUCAAAGUAUAGGUCACAAUUACUCUCCGUCGCAUCAAAAUAAAAAUUUCCAACAAUAUCAGAAUCAAAAUCAACAAUAUGAAGAUAUAAAUCAUCAAAAUUCAAAUUAUGGAACAGUGGAUAAUAAACAAUGGGGUUAUCAACAAGGACAACCUAGAUCAUUAGAUCCUCAACUAUAUAAUUAUCAAUCUAAUUCUGAGGAUUAUUUUCAACAUCAUCAACAACCACAUCACCAACCCCAUUCCCAACAACAUAAUCAAAUGUUGAAUUACCAAAAACAAUCUAAUUACAAUGAGAGACGAAAUCACAAUGACAAUCAAAAUUAUGCUCAACAACAUCAACUGCACCAGCAACAUCAACAGCAACAAUUACAACAACAAAAGGAGCCAUUCAAUGAACAACCUUUAAACCAUUCAAAUAAAUCUGCACUGUCUUUGACUUACGAAAAUGGAAAUACUAGAUUACAUAAAAAUUCUACACCGUACCCAAUUGCAAAUAAUAUACCUGAGUAUCCAUCGGCAUCGCCACCACCACCACCACAACAACAACAGCAAAUACAACAACUACCUAGUCAACAACAACCAGCACCACCACUUCAACAAGCAGUACCCACUUCCAGAAAACCAUUUCGUAGAGCUCCAUCAAGCAAUUUAACACCAAUACAAACUGAUCAAUUACACAUGAACGAAGGAAGAAGAACUUUUUCAUCACCACAUCAACAAAAUAUGCCUGGACAAUUGAAUCAUGAAAAUAGAACAAAAUCAUUAUCUUCUACUUCAGCAAGGUAUAAAAAUCAACCACCACCAACAAAUUUUGAGCAACCACAGACCAAUAACAAUACUCGUCCUUUAUCAGGUGGUAAUUCGGGCUCAUCCACCUCAUUGCAUCAUACUUUUAGUUUAAGUUCAAAAUCACGAUCAUUUACAUCAAUAAGUAAAUUAUCAUCCUUGUCGACUAAAAAAUUCGGUUCAUCUUCAUCAAUUAAUAAAAAUGAUAAGGCGAGCACUGCAAGUUUGAAAACUUUAGUCCCAUCAAAUAAUAAUAAUAUCGCGAAUUACCCCAAAAGCUCAGUAUAUCCUGCAAUGUUAUCUGAAGUUGCUAAAUUAUUUAAAGAAGCAAUUAUACUUACAAUCAAUACAAAAGAUGGAUUAGAAUAUCAUGACACUUUUACUGGUAAAAUGGCUGUUGAUAUUUUAUGUCGAAUUAUUAAAACAAAUGAUAGGAAUUUGGCUUUAUUAUUAGGUAGAUCUUUAGAUGCUCAAAAAUUCUUUCAUGAUGUUACUUAUAAUCAUCGAUUAAGAGAUUCAGUUCAUGAAGUUUAUUCAUUCAAUAAUGUCUAUAAUGAUGUGGAAUUCUAUCAAGAAGAUGGUUCAAAUAGUAAUGGAAAUAAUAGUACAACUCCAUCAACUCAUGGAUCAUUUGUUGAUGGUUUUCAAUUACAACAAGCCAUUCAAGAUAAUUUUUUAUCACAACAAUUACCUUCACAAGUAAGUCAUCCAUCAUCAGCAGAAAUUCAAAAUUCUGGAUCAAAUAGAUUAAGUGGGGGAGGCAAUCAAACAAUUACAGUUGCUGGUAAAAAAUUAACUGCAUCUCAACAAACUGGUGUCAAUGGUGUUUUCACAAUUUUAACUGAUUGUUAUUCACCAACCUGUAGUAGAAAUAGAUUAUGUUAUAGUAUUGCAUGUCCUAGAAGAUUAGAACAACAAGCUAGAUUAAAUUUAAAACCACAAGGUGGAUUAAAAAGAGCAGUUUCAAGAUUAUCACUACAUGAUCAAGAAGAAAAUGAAACUUUAUGGCAUAAAACUGUUCCACAAUCUGUUUUAGAUAAAUUAGAUAAACAUGAAAAGACAAGACAAGAAUUAAUAUAUGAAUUCAUUUAUACUGAACGUGAUUAUGUUAAAGACUUGGAAUUUAUGACUGAUUUUUAUAUCAUGCCUUUAAGAAAUCCUGUAAAUAAUAUUAUACCAGAACAUCAAAGAGAGACUUUCAUACAAACAGUUUUUGGAGGAGUUGGUGAUUUAUUGAGAUUAAGUAAAAACUUUAGUGAUGCAUUAACUAAAAGACAACAGCAACAAAAACCUGUAAUUGAAUCAAUUGGUGAUAUUUUCUUAGAUCAUGUUGGACAUUUUGAACCGUUUAUAAGAUAUUCUGGUAACAAGGUAUUUGCAACUUUUGAACAUGAACGUCAACAACAAGUUAAUAUGAAAUAUGCAAGAUUUUUGGAUGCCAUUGAGAAAAAACCAGAAUCAAGAAGACAAGAUUUAUCAUCAUUUUUAAUUAAAGGUGUUCAAAGACCCGCAAGAUAUCAAUUAUUAUUAGCUGGUAUAUUAAAACAUACAAAACCAGAAAGUCCAGACUAUAAAAAUUUACAAAAGGCAAAAGAAGAAAUUGAAGCAUUAUUAGUUAAAAUAAAUGUACAAACUGGAGAGAGUACAGAUAGACAUAAAAUUAUGGUGCUUCAUAGACUUUUAGGAAAACAAACAUUGGAAAAUAAAUUUAAUUUUAAAUUAUCAUACAACAAUAGAAUUAUUUAUCAAGUCACCCUCAACAGGAAAAGAGAUAAUGAAAAAAUUGAUUUAUAUUUAUUUGAACAUGCAUUAUUAUUAGUGAAACAUAAAGUACAAAAUAAAAGGGAACAACAUAAAGUAUUUGAAAAACCAAUAUUAUUACCUUUAUUAUUUGUAAAUAGUGGAUUUGAAAUUCCAACAACAAGAUCAUUAAUUAAUAAUAGAUAUAAUGCAUCAUUAGUUUCGGAUGUUGGAUUAAAAAAUCAAAGAACUGAAAGUAGUAAUUAUAUUGGUAAUACUUUAUCAUCAAAUACUGGUAAAUUUCAAUUAAAUUUCUUGGGUUUGGGAAGUAAUCAAGUUCAUACAACAUUAUUUGCAGAAGAUUUAACUAUACAAAAUCAAGCAUUACAACAAAUUAGUCAACAACAAAGAAAAUUAAUUGAUGCAAAUGAUUUAUUUUCAAUGAGUAAAUUUGAAACAAGAAGAUUUACUGGUAAUAAUAAAAUUAAUUGUGCAGUUCCAUGUUAUGGUGGUAAAAAAUUAUUAUAUGGUACAGAUUCUGGAGUUUGGGUAAGUACUGUUAGAUCAAUAAGUACAACAUCAAAUGAAAAAAUUUGUUCUGAUCCAACUUUAGUUAUAUCAAAACCUUAUAUUACUCAAAUUGAAGUAUUAGUUGAAUAUUCAAAAUUACUAGUAUUAAGUGAUAAAACAUUAUAUGAAUUUGAUUUAUCAUGUACAGAUUCAUUAGAUCAUAUUAAAAACACAAAACUGGGUAAAUUAAUGAUGUCUCAUAUAUCUUUUUUCAAAAUUGGAGUUUGUGAUGGUAAAUUAUUAAUAAUUGGUGCUAAAACAGGCUCACAACAUUCAAUAUGUAUAUUUGAACCAAUAAAUCCAUUUGAUCCAAAACAAAAAAAUAGAAAUAAAAACAAAAUUGAAAUUCAAGAAAUUCCCUUUUCAUCAGAUCCAAUUUCAAUAUCAUUUUUAAAAAGUAAAUUAUGUAUUGGAUGUACAAAAGGAUUUGAAAUCUUAUCAUUACAAGCUGGUAAUAAAGAACCAAUAUUAGAUGAAGCCGAUCCAUCAUUAGAUUUUGCAACUCAAAGAGAAUUAGUUACACCAUUAGCUAUACAUAGAUUAGGUAAAGAUUUCUUAUUAUGUUAUUCAGAAUUUGUAUUUUUAAUUAAUAGAAAUGGUUGGAGAACAAAUCAUGAUUGGGGGAUUUUUUGGGAAGGUAAUCCACAAAAUGUUGCAUUAUUUUUCCCUUAUUUAAUUUCAUUUGAACCAGGAUUUAUUGAAAUUAGAGAUUUACAUACAACUAAUUUAUUAAGAGCAUUAAUUGGUGAAAAUAUAAGAUAUUUACAUUCAAACGAACAUGAAGCAAUGUUUGCAUGUGAAGAAAAUGGAUAUGAUAUAAUUAUAUCAAUUGAUUUUUUAAAUUUAAAACCAAAAUCUCCAGCAAAAUGA